UUAAUAGCACUAUAUCACAGAUUCGGCCAGCAAUCACUUUCCAGCUAAAAUGUUUUCUCCAGCUUUUCCCCGGCAAAUGGUUUUCCCGAUUUUGCUUACAUUGGUUAUACUGUUAGAACUCGGGCAAUGUUGUUCCAAUGAAACGAUUGCCUCAUCAUCAUCAUCGUCGUCAUCGGCUGAAGAGCCCCACUCCAGAGCCAAGAGGUUCCUGAGCUUUGUCGUCAAUGGCGGGGUGGCCAAGAUUAUUCUCGGUGGCAUCUAUCCGGUGUUCUUCCAUCAUAAGCUGAAGCGCAGUUUGAAUGCGGCCGUCAAUGUGCAGGCCAACUACGUCAUUCCGGAGACCAUCAUCUGGCCGGUGGCCGAGGACGUCUUCAAAGAGCGGCUCAAUAACGAGUUCGUGGACAACAGCCGGGUGCAGCUGUACAAGGUGCUGGAAUCGAUGCUGGACAGCUGGGGUCGGAAGGGAAGAACCUGUGUGCUCAGGACGAUCUGCGAAGUGGCGGAAACCCCCGUGAGUCACAACGGGAUGUUUGGGGAAAUUUUGGAUGUGAUUUUUACACCAACAGAAUCGGACAAAAUGGAUGAGGAAUAUCGGCUGGCCAGGAAAUAUGGUCUUCAUGGCGUCAACUGUUCCGGCGUGUACAGCAAAUGUCCCUCGGGGCAUGGGUUGUUGGAUCUGAUUUCGACGGUUGAUUUAUUUAAUUUCAAUUUAUAGUGCUGCUAUCUCAUCUC